CUCGUAACUCGAUCUAUUUACGUUGCUUCCAGCUUCAUAAAGCGGUUUCUUACUUGUUUUCCCUUUGUUUCCCGUCAACAUGCGUCGAAGCAAUCCAAUAACUAUUGCUGCUCUCCUGGCAACAACCAACGCCGCUUCUCUCGAUGACUUAUGCACAGUCUCGCAUGUCCAGGCAGCCUUGCCAGCAAAUGGAACAAUCCUCGGAUUGAAUCUACUCGCAGACUCAGUGACCGCUGCUGCAGUCUAUAACGCGACCGUAGGACGAGAAAGUACCGCUACGUACAGCUACUGCAAUGUCACUGCGAGUUACACCCAAGUCGGAAAAGACAAUGUCAUUCCUCUCAAGUUCAUCUUUCCUCAGCCACCCGACUUCCAGAAUCGCUGGUAUCUUGCAGGUGGUGGAGGCUUUUCCCUGUCCAGCGAUGCUACAGGUGGUCUCCCAUAUGGUGCCGCCUCAGGUGCGACUUCAGCAGGCUACGAUGCCUUCAACUUCAGCUAUGACGAGAAAGUCUUGUACGGCAAUGGAUCCAUCAAUUGGGAUGCUACAUACGCCUUUUCAUACACUGCCCUCGGCGAGUUGACCAAAAUCGGCAAGCCCUUGACGCAGGCAUUCUACGGUUUAAACGAUACGAAAAUCUACACAUACUUUGAAGGUUGUUCUGACGGCGGCCGUGAGGGUAUGAGCCAGGUCCAACGAUGGGGAGAAGAGUACGACGGCGUCGUUGCCGGUGCUCCUGCGUUCCGUUUCGCACAGCAACAGGUCCUUCACGUUUACCCUGCCACCAUUGAGGCAGUAAAUGACUACUAUCCUCCGCCAUGUGCCUUGGCCAAGAUAGUCAAUGCCACGAUCGCCGCAUGCGAUCCCCUUGACGGCCGCACCGACGGCGUCAUCUCUCGCACCGAUCUCUGCAAACUCAACUUCAACCUCAGCUCCUUGAUCGGCGAGUCUUACUACUGCGCAGCCCAGACAGGAACAUCCCUAGGCUUCGGCUUCAGCAAACGUCAAGCACCCCCAGGAGGUCAAACGAGCGUCCAACCCGCCCAAAACGGUACCAUCACUGCACAAGACGUCGCCGUCGCGCAAGGCGUCUACGACGGUCUCCACGACUCCAACGGAAAACGCGCCUACCUCUCCUGGCAGAUCGGAUCCGACCUCAGCGACGCAGACCCAACAUACAACAACGCGACAAGCGUAUGGGAACUCAACAUCCCCUCCACAGGCGGCGAAUACGUCACCAAGUUCAUCCAGCUCCUCGACCUGGACAACCUGUCCGACCUAAACAACGUCACAUACGACACCCUCGUCGAAUGGAUGAACAUCGGCAUGAUCCGCUACCUCGACAGCCUCCAAACCACCCUCCCCGACCUCACUCCCUUCCAGUCGUCAGGCGGAAAGCUCCUCCACUACCACGGCGAAUCCGACCCGAGUAUCCCCGCCGCUUCGUCCGUACACUACUGGCAGUCCGUCCGUGACAUCAUGUACCCGGGACUCUCGGACGCGGAGUCGCGGGACGCGCUGUCCGAUUGGUAUCAGUUCUACCUCGUACCCGGUGCCGCGCACUGUGGUAGCAAUUCGCUACAGCCGGGACCGUAUCCGGUGGACAACAUGGCGACGAUUAUCGAUUGGGUGGAGAGUGGAGUCAAGCCGAGUAGGCUGAAUGCGACGGUGUCGUCGGGGGUGAAUAAGGGUGAGGUGCAGGCGCUUUGCCAGUGGCCUACGCGUCCGCUGUGGUCGGGCAAUAGCUCGGAGUUUGAGUGCGUGGAAGAUUUGGCAUCGGUAGAGAGUUGGACGUAUACGUUUGAUGCUUUUAAGCUUCCGGUGUAUUGAAAGUGACUCAGGGGGUUUCGUUAACGGGUGAUGAGGAGUUGGGGAUUUGGAGUGUCUGAUUUGAUGCCGUGCUUGCAUGAUUGGUAAUAUCAGG